AUGCUGACUUUGCGGUUUAGCCAAUGGUACUUGCCUCAUGAAAUGGCUCUCCGAAUGAGUCUUUACAAUAUUGCUCAACCUGUUGGGGCUAUGUUAUCUGGCGCGAUGCAAGGCGCACUUUCAACUAAUCUGGAAGGUGCCCUUGGUCGAACCGGCUGGCGAUGGGCAUUUAUCAUCAAUGGUGUUUGCACUAUCUUCAUCGCCUUACUGGCUUUUAUGCUUUUACCAGGAUUUCCGGAUCGCCCCAACCCGCUCGCCAAAUUUUAUCUCAGACCUCGAGAUAUCUUUGUCGCCGAAGAGCGAACUCAAAGGAUAGGCCGUGAUCCACAGGUUCGAAUCAACGUCAAAACUUUCCUGCGCUGCUUCAAGUUUUGGCAUGUCUGGUUAUUUUCAAUUGCCUGGUCUAUCGGAAGCAACACCACGCCUUCAAAUUAUUUCAACCUUUGGCUCAAGUCCCUUAAAAAUGCCGAUGGGAGCUUGAAAUACUCGGUUGGUAUGCUUAAUUAUCUACCAAUUGCAGGCCAGGCACUCCAACUAGUUGCGGAGCUCUUGUUCAGCGGUUUCAGUGAUUAUCUUGGUACUCGGUUGCCGUUUUUGCUUCUUCACUCAGUGAUUAAUAUAACGUCGUUGAUUAUUUUGAUAAUACGACCUGAAAGUCAGAGUGCCUACAUGGCUGGCUGGUAUAUGAACUAUGUCGGAGCGUGA